GGCCUCAUCCACGGUGAGAUUGACGCUGCAGCGCUGCGAGCGGAGAAAGCCCGGGGGCUUGGCAAAGGGGACGCGCCAGCAGCGGCUUCUAAGCUUGUGGCUGUAGAUGCUGGGUGUGGACCAGGUCUUUGGCUCGAUGCUUUGAGCAAAAGCUUCGGCCGAGUUGUGGGCAUCGAUCAAUCGCCAAACUUGUUAGACAAGGCGAAGGAGGACAAUGAGCAUCUUCUCCAUGACAAGCACGCCAAG